AAAAAGAUGUAAACAAGAAAAUUCACAUCAAAAAAAAUUAUUUUUUUACCGAAUUAUUUAAAAAUAUUUCACUUUCCGUACCUGAUAAACCUGCACAAAUAGUCAACAACAAUGUUAACAGUCAAUAAGUUUAUGUGUCACAUUGAACUGUUUAUCGGUUGUAUUAUCAUUGGCAUGAUCGAUGCCGUACUGAGUUUGAUAUUUUUUGUCUACACAAUUUUGGAUAUUAUUAAUCAUAAUAGUGAUCGGGAUGAGUUUGCGAAGGUGAGGACGAAGCGGGCGCCUUACUAUAGUGGAUAUACGAGGCCGCAUAAUGGAUCUUUUGAUCCUUUCGUGUUCUUCAAAGCAGUGCUGUUUAUCAUUUAUUUCCUGCAUUUUAUCUACUGUAUUUACCUUAUAGCGGCAGCAUUGAAGAAAUCAACAAAACACGUAAAACGAUAUUUACUAGUCAGCGCAUUGACAACAAUCGCAACAUUUUGUGAAGGCUCAUUAUUAGUGUUCAGCAUAGGACUGACAGAAAUGGCACUGAAUUAUUUCGCAUUUACUGUAUGGAAUAUUUAUUUCAUCAUUUGUGUCUAUUCGUAUUUUAAAAGAUAUGAUGAGAGUUCGAUGGACGACUCUAUUGAUGGAAUUGAGACGCAGGUCAUGAGGGUGUGAAGGAUAAUACUCAAAUUUAUGAGGAUAAUACUCAAAGUUGUCAUUAAUUUAAAUGAUUGAAAAUAAAACAUAUCUGUCAUUUUUUCCUAUAA